AUGGCCACACACGAGACUCACCAGACUGCCGUCCCUCCCACGGAAUUGGAGAAGGAUGUGCAUACCACUGGUGCCGCCCAUCACAACGGCGUCAAUGGUGCCCAAGUAGGCCAGAACGCUCAAAUGCGACACGCCGGGCCCUUCACCCGCGUUGCCGACUACCGGAACAUGACUGAAGGAGAUGCGCAGGCAUUCGGCGGUUCUCUCCAGCCCGGACUGUGGAAGCCCUACGAACACAGAAAGUUCGCCAACCCGGCACCUCUCGGUCUAUCUGCUUUCGCCCUCACGACCUUCGUUCUCUCUUGCGUCAACCUCCACGCUCGCGGCGUCACGGCCCCCAACAUCGCCGUACCUCUCGCCUUUGGCUACGGUGGUCUCGUCCAGCUCCUCGCCGGCAUGUGGGAGAUGGCCGUUGGCAACACUUUUGGUGCCACUGCUCUGUCCUCGUACGGAGGUUUCUGGAUCUCGUACGCGAUUCUUCUCACCCCUAACUGGAACAUCAUCGGCGCGGACGGUCCCUACGCCGCCAACUACUCCGACCACUACUCCGCCGUCGGCUUCUUCCUGACCGGCUGGUUCAUCUUCACGACCCUGUUGCUGCUCUGCACCCUGCGCUCGACCGUCGUCUUCUUCCUCCUCUUCUUCACCCUCGACCUGGCCUUCCUCUUCCUCGCUUGCGAGAACUAUGCCGCCAACAAUGGAGCCCUGACGGCCAUGCGCAACCUUCAGAUCUGUGGCGGCACCUUCGGUAUGCUGGCUGCGUUCCUGGCAUGGUACUGCGCUUUGGCUGGUAUCCAAGAUGACAGCAACUCCUUCUUCCAGGUCCCCGUCUUCCACCUUCCGUGGUCUGACAAGGGCCGCGAGCUCCGCAAGGCCAAGAGCCGCGCUUCUGUCUAA